UAUCGAAGUAUCUGCCAUCUAUCCAUCUAGCUUAGCUACGUUACUGCCAUAAUGGAAAAAUUCACUACCUGGAGAGAUAAGGCUACGGGGAUCGCACCGUUUUUGCCAGUCCCUGAAGCCAGAGCCGAGUCCAGCCUCGUCUACCUCUCCUCCGUUGCUUUCAAAACGGGCUUGUUUGUUCUCAAGCUUCCCAUCUUCGUUGUGGCUUAUGCCUUGUUUGUGGCGAUCCCAUUUGUGCCAGCUGUUAGCAAGUUUUUGGCCAGGCUUAUCCUUAUCUUGUUUGGCUUCUACACCGUGGAUAUCUCCGUUGACGGAGUGAAGAGGACAAACAGAGACCUCAUUAGAGCCAAUCACCCGAACGAUAACGAGAUCAUCGUGGUUAAUUUCACCUCGCCAUUGGAUGUGAUCAUCUUGUCGUCUAUCACGUCCAACCCUGUUUUUGCCAUCCCCGAUCACGCUGGUGUGUUGCACGAAUUCUCCGUCACCGGCAUAAUCAAGUACGCUCUCUCGAAGCCGUCGUUAACCGAUCCUUUGCCCCAAAACAAAAUUGAUUUCACCAGGUUGAAGAACAAAACGGUAUAUAUUUUUGCUGAGGGCGCCACUUCUAACAACAAGGCUGUGUUGCCAUUCCCAGCCAACUUGCAGCCGCUACCAAAGACCCACAAGUUGAAGUCGUUUGUCUUAAGGAUCUCCCCAACAUUCUUGACUACUCCCGUCCCCGUCAGCUCCCUAGUAUACUUGUACAGAGCGUUGACCAACGUGUCUGGAGUUGUUAAGGGCAGGGUUGUGUUGUUGGAUAUUGACAUCAACUGGAUUGGUAUCAGAGACUCGUUUGAAACCGCCGGUAAGUUGAGAUUGGUGGGUCAGGGUUUGGACAUUCAAUCCAAGCUCAAGUUCCUCGAUGCAUACCACGAUAAUGAGCAGAAAAAGGCCUUGAAGAAAAGGAAAGCUUUUUGACUGGGCUACCGCGUAUCAAAGUACUUUAGUGCACACAAGUUAGACAUUUCACUAGGUCUACGCAUGAGACAGCUAAGGUCCCUCCUUAUUCUCUUUAAUUGUCGAUCCUCUUCCCCUUAGUCAGCUCACAUUACGUGUUCGGUAGUAUAACAGACCGUAGAGCAUGUAAUUUUCUCACAUAUAUACAAUGGUAUGUAUCAAGUGUAGUUAUAAACGCCAAUCCUACCAAGAUAGUUUGCUCAUAGCCCGUGUGAUUGAAU